AUGCCUGCCAAUACCGACGUGAUUUUGGUUGCCAGACCUGUUGGCAUGCCAGACAUCAAGAAGAUCUUUCAAGUUAGGAAAGGCCAGACUAUGCCAAAGGUUGAAGAUGGACAAGUUCUGCUUCGAACGUUGCAAUUGUCUCUUGAUCCAGCCAUGAGAGGCUGGAUCCGAGAUGACCAACAAAGCUACGUCGCUCCGGUACCUUUGCAAGGUGUCAUGAGAGGCGACACUGUCUGUGUUGUCGAAGAAUCAAAACAUAAAAACUUCAAGAAGGGGGACAUCAUCCAUUUUGGCGUGGGAUGGACUGAGUACGCCAUUGUCAGUGGAGAUGCUCUGAGAGGAAGUUUCGGUGACCUUUUGAUACCGUCACCAAUUCCAAAGGGAAUCCAAGUUUCCGACUAUAUCAGUAUUCUCGGAUUGACUGGUUUGACGGCGAUGGCAGGUGUAUUUGAUGUAGGAAAAGCUGCGACACCUGGUCUAUUGACGAGCAAGUCGACGUGUGUGGUUUCUGGUGCUGCUGGAGCUACUGGCAAGUGUCAAUCGUUGUGGUGUUUUAAGUCGUUCUAUCUAAUCGUCUCUUCUUAUUCAGGAAUGGUCGCUGCUCAACUCUACAAGCAUAUCUUGGGAUGCAGAGUUGUUGGAAUCUGCUCCAGCGACAAGUUGGACUUCCUUCUCAAAGAAUUGAAGCUUGAUGCGGCAGUAGACUACAAGAGUCCAAAUUUCGCUGAGGAAUUGAAAGCCGCUUGUCCCAACGGAGUUGACGAGUACUUUGACAACGUGGAGGGAAUCGUAACAGAAGCCGUGUUUGAGAACAUGGCCAAGUACUGUAGAGUUGUGUCCUGCGGCGGAAUAAGCAACUAUAAUGACCCUUCAAACGUUACUGGUCCAAGGAACUACCGAUUGAUUAGAACAAAGAAUGCAACCAUAUGUGGGUUCAUCGUCACAAACUAUGCUCAGAAAUUCAAAGAGUAUCAGGCCAACCUGAUAAAUCAACCUCCUCAACCGAGUGCUGCUCCGAAUAAGAUAGCCGUUGCUUCUGCUAUACCAGGGAGCUCAGGGAACGGAAACCAAAGAAAUAACUAUUAUAAGCAGCCAUCGCCAUCAAAUAAACCGUUCGCUUCACCUCCUGCAUCACUAUCACCUCAGCAAUCCUUAGGUGUGCCCGAAAUCAACGCUCCGUUACCAUCGAUACAGCCAUCUUCUAUAGCAUCUCAGCAGGCACAUUUACCAUCUCAACAGUCAUCUGUGCCCGAUUACGGCGUAAAACUAGGUAUUCCACAGACCUCGAUUCCAGUUGGCGCUCUAUCACAACCAUCGUUCAGUCCAUCACCAUAUAUAUCAGCCUUGCCAUCGCCAGUCAUGUCACCUCGAGACGGCUUCGCCGCCAUGCCUUCUGCAGAUCCAUCUCCAGAUACCGCAACGCAAGGGCAGCAACAUGAUCUAAAUCCUGAACAUUUACGAGACAAGAAUAAAUAUAAACCAACACCGUCUGCCGACCCAGUGAAGGUCGUUGCUCCACCAACACCACCAACUAUACCAGUAGCAACGUCGCCUCCAGGUGCAACAGUCGUACCGUCUCCAGUAGUAGAACCUAGCCCAGAUCCUUCAGUUGGUAUAAAAAAUCUCGCAUCGCCAAUCGCUGAACCUCCUGCUGCUGCCGAUGCAAUGCCACCAAUGAUAACUGGGCCUGCGUUCUUAGCGGCCGCAACUAGGACUCGCCUCGUAUCAGCGACUGGAGGUCCCUAUGUGGCUUCGCUGCCUCAAAACGCAGCUAGUGAUAACAGCAACUCGAAAACAGUUUUAGGUCUCUCCACAACCAAUGUGGUUCUUUUAGGUCUAGGUGCUGCAGUUCUCUCAGUGCUGAUCCUUCUCGUGGUAGUAUGGCAACGUAGCAAAGUAGUUAAACGCAACAGUAUAUUCCCAGUCUACUUGGCCAAGGAUACAAAACCCCAGCCACGACCAUCGGCAAUGUCUCUAAAACCACCAGCAAGGUCUCGCUUUACCCUUCCGUUUAUAACAAACCGCAGUAAGGAAUCACCCGCUGUGGCGAUUGUACGAGACUCUCCGAGGCCGGGACGCCAGGCGGAUUCAGUGUUGCGGAAGACCUUCGCAACAGAUGAUCUGCCUGUAAAUGAAGGCCUGCUGCCUUUCGAUGAGGAAAGCGGGGGUGAGACAACGUACCAAGUAUAUGCCCAAGAUAGCAUCAGAGCUCGUGGUAUAGUAAACGACAAAAGUGUCAAGUCGGACAAUCAACCACAACCGGAGGUAUCGGAACCUGGCGAGACCCAAGAUCCUGAAAAGCCAUCAAGCUGGUGGCAUCACGUCCGUGGUGCUCAUCAGUCGCAGUCCACGAACUCUUCUCUAUCGCAAUACUUUGUGGGUGUCCCGUCUGUCUUGUCUUCACAGUCUGAUGGGAGGUUGACACGCAAGUUUGGAGUCGCAGCAAGGUCCUCUGCUAGUGUGCCUUCGUCUGAUCGUCAACACAGAGCUAGUGGGAGAACGACACGAACUGUGUCUUCUCUCACUAGCAAGACAGGCUCUUCAAGAAUUAGUGGAGUGAGUGAAGCUUCGACAUCUGAAUCUCUCAGUCGAUAUUUAUAA